AUGCAGCGGCACCGGGGGGUAAAAUGCGGGGCCCCAACCGCUGCUGCCCUGCCGCGCGUUGCUGCGGAGCGAACUCGUGCGGCGCGGCGCACUGGCGGGUUGACGGUUGGGCCGACUGCGGGGACUGUGGCGGCUGCGGCAGCCCGUGCCCAGGCCCUGCUGAUUAGUUGCGGUGCUCGGCGGCGGAUGCAUGCGGGCCGCUCGGGGCACGUGUUUGUUUUUUGCCCCGCACGUUUGUUUGUUGCGCUGCCCCCACUGCCGCUCCCAAACCCAUCGCCGCCGUCGUUGCUUUGCUUCUCUCUAAACUUAUCUUCGCACACACGCACGCAACCGACGCGCACGCGAUGCGCCUGUAGUGCCGUGCAGGUGGAUGAUGUUUUCUCAGCCUGCGCUGGCAGUGCCGUGUGCGGCUGCUGCUGCGGUUUCCUCGCGGGCUGUGAAGGGAAGGGAAGGAAACCGCACAGCACGAGGGGGAGUGCGCUGUGGCUGACUCGUUUUCCUUGCGGGAGCCGCCUCAUUUGGGUGGUGGUGGCGGGCCCACUUCCCGUGUGCAUGUGCGUGUGGGGGCGGCUGCUCUUCGCUGCUCCGUCGUGGGUGGAUGCCGGCGCUGCUGUGCGUCUUUCUUGCGUGGCUGCGUGA